AUGAAAGUAGAUAAACCAGAACAAACACCUUCUCCUGGUCCAGCAUUUUCCAAGCACGGAAACGGCACAUUCAGCUUGAAUUCCACAAACUCCCUGCUACCAAAUCCGAAAACAAAAUUUUCCGGUGCAAAUAUGACCUUUGACUUCCAGAACCACGUUCUGGGUCUUUCGGUUUUUGAAAACUACGUUCAAUGUGAAAAAGUGCUGGUGGCAGUGAAGAAGAACAAUGUCGUGUUCACGGCUAUGGCCAAUGUGGUGAAGGCAGCGCCAAUUUCGCCCAAGACAAAGUUCUACAAGAUCAUCAAGCUUGCCGGGCCUGAAACAGACGUGAAAGACCUACUUCUCUGUCCUUCUCAAAGAUACCUUACUGUUGUGGGAGAAAAAAGCAUUUCUGUUGUUGACACAAACGAAAUAUCCUUCGCAGACCACUCCACUGCUCUUGCAGAACCCUUUUCGUUCGAUCUCGGAAAGUUCAAGGACCCAAUCCAAUGUGUUCAAUGGCAUCCUGCCGCAGCAAGACAUUCUGAAAUCGUUGUCUUGACGAGUCGUCAAAUUCUUGUUUUUGACGUCAUGUGUUCUUUCUCCACACCGGUAUUGGUCCUAGAUCUUGCAUCCUUUCCGGACCUAGAUGGGAAAAACGUAGUUUCGAUGGCAUUUGGAUCAGCAGACUCUUUUUCGGGUUCCAUCACGCUAUAUAUCAACACAGCAUGCGGUCUAAUCUAUGCUAUCUUCCCAUUCCUAUGCAAGGGUUCGCUGUUCCGCACUUCUGCCCUGCAAAUCUCCCAGUUUUAUUUAGAAACGCAAGAAGCUCUUUCUUCUGUUUCAGAUUCUUUCCCACCUAUAGUGAUAAACAAGAAUCCUCGGGUUGAGGCUUUGGCUUCCCAACUUUCAUUUGCUGAAUCGUUGCAACAGAAUUUGACUGUUUCUAUGGGUAAAGAGCUGGCAAUCUCUGGCGACGUCACUUUGGAUUACGCAGAGCCUUCUUUCGGCUACGAAAUUCAAGGACCAGUGGCAAAAACAGGUAAAAAUGCAACCAUCGUCCAAGUGGCUUCGAACGACAAAGUUUCCCUCCUUGCAUCUGUGCAUUCCACUGCUACUGGUAAUUCUAAGAUAGAGUACUAUGGACAAUUCCAGCCGUUGGUAAUGGGAAUGAAGAAAAUACAAGAUAAUUUCCACAAACCUACAGAGCCGCAAAGCAAAGUGGUCGUGCCAAAAGAGGAGAGUUACGUCAAACCAGCGAGAGGUUUUGGAUAUGUGGUUGAAUCAGAUUCGGAUGAUGAAGAUAAUUCAGCGUUCGAGGCCGCUAUGAAGGCGUAUCAUGAAGAACUAGAAAUCUACAACCUCAACGUAAAGCUUUCAAAGCACUUUUCAGAUAACUUUGGAAACUUGACGAAAAUGGCUUCAGAUAGCACCAAGAUUUCUGGAAAUCCUAUCAUAAGCAGCGAGGGCGAAAAGCUCCUUUUAGCAUCAGGUGGAACACUUCUUGUUGGAAGUUUAGGCGAGUCUACUGCAUCUUUGUUUCUUUCGCUGGCAGGCCUGUUUGAGCCAACAUAUGACACAUUUGAUAUUUCUCCAGACACCACAUCCGUGGCUAUUUGCGAAGAUACAAUUGGCCAUAGCGGCAGUUUUGUGAUUUCCUGUUCUCCAAAAGACAAAGUUUGUGUUCGACAAAUUGUGAGCAAUGAGGUGAAAAUUACGAAAAAGGAAGCUCCAGAGGAAUUCUUGUCCACGCCUCCAGUCCCUUCAUAUGUUCCUGCGGAUGAGUUGCGUCUUCGCUUAGACAAGAGUCUGAGCAUAGGCGAAUUGAAAAAUUUCAAUUUGGAAUCUAUCGACACUUUGAGCGAUGUGCAUGGCAUUACAAGAAACGCAGCGGGACAGAUUAAUGCUCUUACUAAGUUCAUGUUGUCUCUUCAAAUGAAAUUAAAGUUCCAGGUUGAGGAUUUAAGAGCACAGGUGAAAGACGCAGAACAAGCUUUGGCUAAGUAUCAGAAUGAGGAAAAGAGAAUCAGUACAGAGCGGAAAUUGUCAUUGUUGGUUGGACGGCAGCAGAAACUAGCCCAGAAGCAAAAUCGGAUCCAAGAAAAUAUUGUUGAUCGCUUCGAAGAGUUGAAACUCAAAAUAGAUCUUCCCAUUUCCAAGGCGGAGAGAGAAUGGUUCAAAGAGCUCAACGACAUGAAUCAAAGCGUAAAUGUCGAUGGCACAUCUAAAAGUAUAAGUACUCUGGUGGAAGAAAUCACACGAGAAGUUGCAUCCUUGACCACGGAAGAACAUGAAAGAGAAGAACAAGAAAGAGAAGAACAAGAAAGAGAAGAACCGGCAUUGGAACUUCUCCAGAUGGGUCCUGCGCUCUCGAGAAUCCGUAACUUUCUUCUCUAUGAAGAGAAACUAAUUAGGGAAACGAAAACAAAGGCACAACAGGUGGCAUCUUCUUUUGCAUAA